AAAUUGCUCUGCUCUACCGAGGGAACGCGGCAGAUAGCGGUGAGAAGACCGAAUUGCUUCAUUACCUUGAGAAAUCACCGCUACGCUAACCCGAGGUGAUGGUCAUCCUUCCCUUAGAGAUGGCGGUGAGCGGUUCUGUUUAACGGAGCCUCACAACAGCCUUCUGUGGCGGCCUGUGAAGUAGCGGUUAAGAGCAUGGGCUUUCGUAUCACACCUAGUUGUGAAUCCUGGAGGAACGGCUUGAACUCUGACACUGUCCUUGCCUGUAGAAUGCGGAUAAUUCUUUCCCAUCUUGCAGAGUAGUUUCGAGGACUAAAGGAAUUUAUCUUGGUUGACAAGUUUAUCAUGGUGCGGGUACAUAGGUGAUACUAUCAAUGUUAUUUGAUGAAUAGGGAAACUCGGCUCAGAGAAAACCACAGUGUACAUCCUCAGUGGGACUUCAUUAGACCCUUGUCUUAGAGCAAGGGAAGCAGCUGCCAUUCUGAAGAACUCAGUGCCUGGGGGAGGACCAGUAGUUGUUUUCUGAGGAACUGUGGAAUGUGCCCUUGGGGACACAAGAGAGCAGAAGGAAGAUGCUUCAGACCAGUAACUAUAGCCUGGUGCUCUCCCUGCAGUUCCUGCUGCUGUCCUAUGACCUCUUUGUCAAUUCCUUCUCUGAGCUUCUCCGAGCAGCUCCAGUCAUACAGCUGGUGCUCUUCAUCAUCCAGGAUAUCGCAGUCCUCUUCAACAUCAUCAUCAUUUUCCUCAUGUUCUUCAACACCUUCGUCUUCCAGGCUGGCCUGGUCAACCUCCUCUUCCAUAAGUUCAAAGGGACCAUCAUCCUGACAGCUGUGUACUUCGCCCUGAGCAUCUCUCUUCAUGUCUGGGUCAUGAACUUACGCUGGAAAAACUCCAACCGCUUUGUCUGGACAGAUGGACUUCAAACAUUGUUUGUAUUCCAGAGGCUAGGUAAGAACCACAGCAACCUCAGGCCUCACUUUGGCCCCGCCUGUGGCUGUGGCAGCGAGGGCCUUGAUCCUGACUUCCUAGCCCAUCACAACUGGCGUGAGAUGAGUGGAACAGCCAUGCCAAGACCAAGAGAGACCACUGCCCUCUGCCCUUUCUGGGAGUCACUGGGAAAUCAUGAGACAGGGCCCCUCAGCCUCGUCUGGUCAUGUUCUUCCCCUGAAACAAACACUCGGGUGCAUCCCUGACUCUUCUUUCCUGUUUAUUCUCCACAGCGGCAGUGUUGUACUGUUACUUUUACAAACGGACAGCUGUGAGGCUAGGCGACCCUCGCUUCUACCAGGACUCUUUAUGGCUGCGCAAGAAGUUCAUGCAAGUUCAAAGGUGACCGUUUUCUGUCACAUCGAUGAACGCCUUUCCUUCUUGACAGAAGUCACACUGGGGGCUCUGCAGAGGGGGCAGUCGGCCGUGUGUGCUAGGAAGUAGCUUGACAUUCUGAGGACAGGCCCCAGCCAGUCAGUGUGCAGCAGGUGAAGAGGCGGAGCCUCCCUCGAGCACAUUAAAGUGUCCCCAGUGCAGACUCCUGAACAUCAUCCCUUCCCAGCCUCCUGCUGCAGCCCUGCCCCCUUUCCUUCCCGCUCUCUGCCCCACUUCUUCACCAAGGGCUCCGUGGCUUUUUCCCAAGGGAACGUUCCACUGACCCUAGUACAGGAGGAGCUCCCAGCCCCGGCUCUGUUUGCACUGCACACUGAUGAUUGAAGGAUGCAAAGAGUGACUUUUCUGGGCUCCUGACUGAGCACACCUCAGACAUUUAGAUUUUAUACCCAAGGUACUUUUUUUUUACAUUGUAUAAAUAGGAAAUAAAUUCUUUUCCAUAAAUGA